AUGGCGGAUUUGCUCCUUCAAAAGGAGCUUAGCAGCGACGAACGAUUUAGGCUUUUAGUCACAAAUGUUCCCGUGGAAAUGGCCGGAGAAAAACCUCCAGCAAACCUGUCGAAAGUGGGAAUUACCUUGUCGACAAGAAGGCGGUUGACAUCAACUGGAAGCAAUGAAGCAUACUCAAGCAGUCAAGCUCGUAGUAUGCCACGAGCUUGUAUUACGUUUCCAGUGAAUCGAGUCGAUGCCAACCGCCUUCUUGUCGACAAGAUAAUUCCCACUUUUCGACGGGUUUGCUGGAGGAAAAAAUUCCGGCCGUUUCCACAGGAACAUGGCUAA